AUGCCCCCUGCCGCGCUCUGGAGCUCCAGCCCGGCGCCCUGGGAGGACUCAGGGUCCGGGUCCGGGUCCGGGUCCGGGUGGGGCGCCCUGGAUGAGGAGCUUGCUCUGUGCGCGGCAGGGGAGCUGCCCUACGCGCGAGUCCUGGUGCCCGCGCUCUACCUGGCGGCCUGCGCGCUGGGCCUGCCGGGCAACGCGCUGGUGCUGCGGCUGCUGGCGGGGCGGCGGCGGGGCCCGCGGGUGAGGCUGGCGGACACCUUCACCUGGCACCUGGCGGCCGCCGACCUGGGCCUGCUGCUCACGCUGCCGCUCUGGGCGGCGGCGGCGGCGGCGGGCGGCCGCUGGCCCUUCGGCCGCGCGCUCUGCAAGCUGAGCAGCUUCGCGGUGGCCGCGUCGCGCUGCGCGGGGGCCCUGCUGCUGGCCGGCCUGGCGGCGGACCGCUACGUGGCCGUGGUGCGCCCGGUGGGGGCGCGGCCGCUGCGCUCCCCGCGGUGCGCGCGCUCCCUGUGCCGGGCGGCCUGGGCCGCGGCGCUGCUGGCCGGGCUGCCCGCCCUGGCGGCCCGGGACCUACAGCCGCGGCCGGGCGGCGGCAGCCAGUGCGAGGAGGGGCCGGCGGACGCGUGGCAGGCGAUCGGGCUGGGGUUGCUGCUGCUGACCUGCGCGCUGCCCCUGGCCGCCUCGCUGCUCUGCUACUGCCGCCUCGGCUGCCGCCUGCGUCGCCGCCGCACCCCCGCCGGGCCGCUGCGCAUGGUGUGCGCCGUGGAGGGCGCCUUCGUGGGCGCCUGGCUGCCCUUCGCCGCCCUGCGCGCCGCCCUGCACCUGGCGCGGCUGCGGGCGCUGCCCGUGUCCUGCGCGCUGCUGCGUGCGCUGCGCGGGGGCCUGGCGCUGGCCACCUGCCUCGCCUUCGCCCACGGCUGCGCCAACCCGCUCAUCUACCUGCUGCUGGACCGCUCCUUCCGCGCGCGGGCCUGGCGCCUGGCCCGGCGCCGGCUCAGCUCCGCGUCCUCCCGCUCCGAGGGGGACCCCAGCGCCGAGGGCCGGUGCGCGGCCGGCAGCGGAGGGCGAGCGCGGGCGGAGAGCCGGAACCUGGCCCGCGCGUAG